AUGAAGGACCAACCAAGAGCAGUGCAAGUGGAGAGGCAAAAUGCAACAGAAUUUAUUCUGCUGGGACUGCUGAAUCACAGCAAAGUCCACAUGUUCUUCCUUGCUCUGAUUUUGCUUGCCUUCAUUACCGCUGUGUCUGGGAAUGCUCUCCUCAUGUUUCUAAUCCAGGUGACUCCCUCCCUUCACACCCCCAUGUACUUUUUCCUCAGCCAACUGGCCUUCAUAGACAUCGUCCUUCUGCCAGUCAUGUCUUACGACAGGUAUGUAGCCAUUUGCAAACCCUUGCACUACCCUGUCCUCCUGAGCAGACAAGUCUGCCUGGGCCUGACAGCCAUAGUAUGGUUUUGUGCUCUCUUAAAUGCCUUAAUUCAUACCGUUUAUGCGAUGAGUCUGCCCUACCGUGGCUCAAAAUAUAUUGACCACUUCUUCUGUGAGAUUCCUCCCCUUCUCAAAUUGUCCUGCUCCGACACCUCCACCUAUGAGACUGUGGUGUUUCUUAAUAGCAGUAUUUUGCUCCUUAUCCCUUUUUCCAUUAUACUAGCCUCUUACGCUCGAAUCCUGGCUGCAAUCCUAAGGAUGAAGUCAACCACAGGACAGCAGAAGGCUCUGGCCACUUGCUCCUCACACCUGACAGUGGUGGGGCUGUUCUAUGGGGCAGCAAUGUUCACGUACAUGAAACCCAAUUCUUACCACUCAACACGGCAAGACAAGAUUGUGCCUGUGUUUUACUCCAUUGUCACCCCCGUUCUGAAUCCUGUCAUAUACAGCCUGAGAAACAGGGAUGUUUUAGGGGCCCUUAGGAAACUCGUUGGAAAACACAGAGUCCUCCACUAG